GUCUUUUUAUUUAUUUAUUUUCUGCAUGUAUCAAUCCAUCCAAAUAGAGGAUGAAGGAACAUCCGUGGCAUUUAGAAUUGACACACGUUAUCGUAUCAUCAGAAACAUAGGUUCUGGAUCUACAGGUAUUGUUUGUUCGGCAUAUGACCAACAAACAAAUACUUAUUGUGCUAUCAAGAAAAUUAGACAAGUGAUGGGUCCACUUGUUUCUUCCACCCUACGGAAUUUACGAGAAAUUGAAUGUUUACAUCAUUUUCGUGGGCAUCCUCGUAUUGUUGAGUUAUUAGAUGUUUAUCUCUUGGAUUUGGAGUUGUACCUGAUUUUCCGAUGUAUGGAUGCCACUUUACAUGAUGUUAUUUAUUCAAAUCAAUCUUUGGAUAUUAUCCAUGCUCAAUGGUUUAUGUAUCAAUUAUUUUCUGGACUUCAUUAUAUUCAUUCUUCUGGUGUCAUACAUCGGGACCUGAAGCCAGCUAAUAUUCUUGUUAAUAAGAAUGGACAUAUAAGAAUUGCUGAUUUUGGAAUGGCAAGACAAUAUUCCAUUCAUCAAAAACAACCUAGUUAUUUUACUGAAUACAUUUGUACUAGAUGGUAUCGUGCUCCAGAAGUAAUGAUUGGUGACGGUCAAUAUGAUGAACUUGUAGAUGUAUGGUCACUUGGAUGUAUAUUUGGAGAAAUAUUGGGCAGAAAGGUACUUUUCCCAGGCAAAGAUUAUAUGGAUCAACUUUACAUGAUCCUUUUACAUUGUGGUUUACCAACCAUUGAAAAAGAAGGUACAUCCUUUUGGCAAUCAUCUUCUUUUGUAAUGAAACGGUUGCAUGAGAUUUAUUUACAUAGACAUAAUAAGAAUAUUAAUGAUGAUCAGAUCAAGGUGAUUGAUUUUGAAUCUAUGUUUCCACAUUGUCCUUCGGAUGGCAUCCAGUUAUUACGUGCUCUUCUUCAAUGGCAUCCUCAACAUCGUAUUUCCAUUACUCAUGCUUUUCAUCAUCCUUUUGUUAUCAGUUUCUCAGAUCCAAAGGAAGAAGCCUUAGUAUGUCCACCUUGGUCCAUCGAUCAUAAAGAAGAUCUCGAUCAACUAAAGCUUAACUCACUCUUAAUACAACGUAUCAAUGAGUUUCAAAACAGUUCCACUUGAUAGAUAUAACAUCGCUGAUAAAUUAUAUUACGUAUUAUGCAUAAUGGAACAAAUGAUGAUGACGAUAUGG